GAGUGGGCCGACACCUUACAGUCCCCGAGGGUGGAGGAGCAGCUGCCUCUUGCAUCGGCCCCACCGGCCCUCACCUGCCCACCACUGCUGCUGCUGCUGCACUGCCCCUCCCCCUCCCUGGCUUCGGCCCUGUACCGCCUGGUGGCCACCUCUGCUGGUCCUGCCUGCGUGUCAGAGUUAAAUGGCUGAUAAACAGAUCAGCCUGCCAGCCAAGCUCAUCAAUGGUGGCAUCGCUGGGCUAAUCGGGGUCACCUGCGUGUUCCCCAUCGACCUGGCCAAGACGAGGCUGCAGAACCAGCAGAAUGGCCAGCGCAUGUACUCAAGCAUGUCUGACUGCCUGAUCAAGACCAUCCGUUCGGAGGGGUACUUUGGCAUGUACCGAGGAGCGGCUGUGAACUUGACCUUGGUCACCCCUGAGAAAGCCAUCAAGCUGGCAGCUAAUGACUUCUUCCGGCAUCAGCUUUCGAAGGACGGGCAGAAGCUGACUCUGCCCAAGGAGAUGCUGGCAGGCUGUGGGGCUGGUACCUGCCAGGUGAUUGUCACUACCCCCAUGGAGAUGCUGAAGAUCCAGCUGCAGGAUGCAGGCCGAAUUGCUGCCCAGAAGAAGAUUCUGGCUGCCCAGGCCCAGCUCUCUGCCCAGGCAGGUGCCCCAACUUCCACGGAGGCCCCUGCUGUGCCCCGGCCCACAGCCACCCAGCUGACCCGAGACCUGCUGCGAAGCCGCGGGAUUGCUGGCCUCUACAAGGGACUCGGGGCCACACUGCUCAGGGACGUCCCCUUCUCUAUCGUCUACUUCCCCCUGUUUGCCAACCUGGACCAGCUAGGCCGCUCAGCGUCCGAGGAGAAGUCUCCCUUCUAUGUAUCCUUUCUGGCUGGCUGUGUCGCUGGGAGUGCGGCCGCCGUGGCUGUCAACCCCUGUGAUGUGGUGAAGACACGGCUCCAGUCACUGCAGCGUGGCGUCAAUGAAGACACCUACUCUGGCUUUCUGGAUUGUGCCAGGAAGAUCUGGCGGCACGAGGGCCCCUCCGCCUUCCUGAAGGGCGCCUACUGCCGCGCACUGGUCAUCGCUCCACUGUUUGGCAUUGCGCAAGUGGUCUAUUUCCUGGGCAUUGCUGAGUCCUUCCUGCAGCUGCUACAGGAACCCCAAGCCUGAGCCCACUGUGGGUGCACAGCAGGGCAGCUGGUCCAGGACUGAGAGGGAAGGUCUCUCUCCAGUCCUCCUCCAUUGGUGGGGGAGGACAGGGGCAGGGUACAGGGUCCACGGGGUAGUGCACACAUAGGCCCCAUGGGGCCCUCUGGGCACCACCAUUGGGAUCAAUGUCUUAUUUAUGUAGAAAAUGCAGAUAUCUGUACAUUCCUUGAGCCACACCAUGACCCAGUCCUGCCCGGACUGAACACCCCCAGGGACAGAGCUGGUCUCUGGGCUGGGGGCCCCGGGCCUGGGCUGAGCAGGCUGGACCCUACACCCCAUCACUGGCAUCCAAGGCUCUCCUGGUUUACAAAGGGGACCCAGACAAACUUAUUUAUUGAACUUGCUGCGCCCAUGUGACUCUGCCUGUCCUGUCCUUCCACCUACCGUCCCUGCUGCUCCCCUCACCUUGGCCAGCCUUGCAGGAAUCCAAGGGGUGGGGCUCACACUGAGUGCUGGCUCCGAGGGCAAGCAGCCCACUGUGGGACCUUCUGGUGGGACCUCAGCCCCUGUUGCAGGCCGUCCAGGCUGCAGGAGGGCUGUGUGCAUGCAUAAGCAUGGUGGGGAGCAGGUUGUGCCUGCCAGCCCUCAGCUGGCCUGGCUCUGUGGGUGUGGGCUGGAGGUGCUGCUGCUUGUGCAAUGUGGCCAGGCAGACCCUGUGCUGCAGACCCUCUGCUGACCCCGUCCAGGAAUUUAUUUCUGCAGCCUGGCCUCUUUUGAGACCCCCCACAUCCCUGGACUGGACUGGACUGGAUUGGACUGGACUGGGAUCGACCAGGCCCAAUAGCAGACUUGAAGACCAGUAUGGAGAAAGGGGGCGCCUGCUCUGCUGUGGGGAAGUAGGAGCUGCUGUACAGCCCCCCGGGCCAACCACAUUCUCCUGACCAUGCUGGGGAAGCCCCCUCCCUCCGACCCCGAUGUUGUGAAUUCGGGCAGGCUCCUUGCCCUGCCUGCUGUGAUCGUGUUGGUGACUGAUCCUGAAGUGCUGGUGCUGUGUCCCCUAACCCGGCCCCCUCUGCGGAGGCCCCUUCCCAGCGACACUACCUGGGGCUCAGGUCUUGGCCCCCAUUUCACGGUUGCUCCUGGGAGCUGCCCCCUCCGGUGUCUGUACCUUGGAAGCUGCUGCUGCUGCUUACAGAAUUAUAUUUUUUCUUUUGAAGAGUUUUAAGAAGUUGAAACUUUUUGUGUCUUGUCAUGUAUAAGGAUAAAUAAAUAUUCUAAGUAGA